GCAUCGUGUGAUUGAAACGAAGUGAAACGUACAAAUCUGGGCACAUGCGUGUCCAUAACCGCAAAUGCGCAUGCGCACAUGGGAAAAUUUUAUGCGCAUGCGCUGUAAGCACUGUGCUGACCUUUCGAACUUUUUUAUUGCCGAUUCAGCACAACAAAUGAAGACCACAAGAAUAUACCAAAGCGCAGCUGUCUCUUCUGGCCACCAAACUAUCGAACAUGAGUAGCGUCAACGGUGAAGCUGAGAGUGAAGAAUUUGGGUCGGCCCCUUCAACUACAGAGCUAAUGAGGGCGAGACUCCGCCCACGAGGUAGGGCAGGACAACACCUGGUACCUGUCAUCAAGAAAAGAAGAACAAGCCGAGGAAGAGGGGUGGUUACGAGUGACAAGAGGCGACUUAGAGCAGAGGAGGAGGACAAGAAAGAAGUGAAACAAGUGAAAGAUGAAGCGAGUGGUAAAGAAAAGAUGGAGGGUGGUGAUGGGGAUAACAAGCAAGUCCACAUCCCCACACUCAAGAGGACAGAUUCGUCGUACCUAAUCACAGCUGCCUCCAAAGACUGUAAUAAUGACUGCAGUGAUUGGGAUCAAGAAAGUGCCAGACCUCUAGAAAAAGAAUACCCGAAACCCUCAUCAAACUAUCAGAAAACCCAGCGGAGACUUGCCCGGCAGAAACAGCUGGAUGAAAUGCGCACCAGAGAGGCUGCUCAGGCACGAGCGGAGAGACUCAAGAGGAGGCAGGGCUUGUUACCACCCUCUAAGAAAUCACAUGAAUGUAGAGUCAUGUGGAAAGAGGAGAGUAAUUUAGUGGAGGUUUUUCGGUACUCUCCGUGUCCCUCAUCUCGAGGUAGCACACUCGAACCAGAGGAGCUGGAUUUGAAUCAGUAGGUCAUCUCCUAUAUACCUCUCUCUCUCUGACGUUUCUAUAGUCAAGAGUGUUUCUCAUUUUUAUUGCAGUGCAUUUUUGUCUACCAAAGUACAUAGUUCAGCAAAGUCCUCAGUUAUCUUCUGG